AUGAAGCGGGACGACAUCUCCACUGCUGCUGGCUACGUGUCCUCUGCGCCGUCGGAGUCGCAUCGUGAUGAGGACAUGAUGGGCACAGACGUGGAUGGAGAGGAACCAGAUGACUUGGACAAGUUUGAAAAGGAAGUGGAAGCAGAGUUGCAAAGAAUGGAGGAGGAAGAAGAAGUGGAGGAGGUGGAGGAGGUGGAGGAGGUGAACUUGGAGGCAACUGAGCGCGCUCACCCCGCCUUUACGUCAAAGAUGGCCAAGACCCUGAUCCCCACUUUUAACGGUGGAAAUAUUUCCCGCAACGAGCUCUUCAAAGUCUGGCUGGAGAAGGGCCGUGAUUUUUCCCAGGUUGAGGUGGAGAUGAAGCGUCGCUGCGUGCAGAGCAAGUCGCAUGGCGAGAAGGAAGUUUGUUGGAGCAGGCGGCAGUUGGAGAUGGAUGGGAGGUACGACAAGAAUGAGGUGGACACCCUUAUCGCAAAUGCCACUCGGACCGGCCGGUUUAUGGACGACCCAAACUUCCCGGGCAACGAAAAGCUUCGCCAAUACUUCUUGGUCUUGGAGACUUCGAGGGAAAAACGCAACACCUUUGAGGAAGAGCAGAACCUUCGCUCAACAACACGGACGUCAGCCGAUGAAGCCCUUGCCCUGCUCACGAGCGGCGUCUUCACUGAGGACGCUGCGCUGGAGCUCGAAGCUGCCCCUCCUGCUCUCAAUCCUGAAGAGCCGCAGGCAAAGGCCAAGGGGAAACCCAAAGCCAAGAGCAAAGCCAAGGCCAAAGCUAGCCCUUCCGCGGGCCAAUCUAUCCAGAAUUCUCAAGGAGACCAGGGUUCCCCACAGAAUGCCGAAGAAGUGAAGGAGACCACACCCCUUGAGAAAGCCACUGCUUUGAAGAAGGCAGUGUUGAAGGAAGCUGAAGAAGCUCGCACAACUUGCGUUGCCAUUGAGGGGUUGGAGUGCAGCCAAGAGCUCAGCACGUCUCUACAGCAACACGCAGAGGUGAUGACUGAGCUGUAUCGUGUGCUCAAUAAGCUCACGCAGGCCCAAGUGAAUGAUCAAAGCGCUUACUCGAAGCUGUUUGACCAAGCGAAUACGUACAGCGCUUGGUACAAGGCUCGAAAGAAGGUGGCAAACAGUAUGCGCCUUCCCCGGCGGCGGAUCAAAGCAGAUCGGCCUGGAAGCGGGCUGGCGCGUGAGAUCUUGUGGGACUUGACCCGCGGGGAGAUUUGCGUGAGCACGGCCCAACGUUAUGCGGCAGCAGCGUAUGACGACGGCCUCACGGAAGACACGCUUCGUGCUUUAGCGAGUUUGGCCUGCUGGGGAAAACACCAGCAAAACGUGGAGCGGGACUUCCACAGGUGGAUGCCGUACGCGCACGGGUCUCGGCUGACAACCCAUUCAACUGUGAUCGAAGUUUAUGAUCCCGACACGGCUAGUGUCCAACAAAAAGAAAUCCCAAUUUUGUUGGCGUCUGAUGUUUUGCAUUCUCUGUGGAGUCGGCAGAGUGACAAGCUUUGGGAUGUUUGCGUCGGGGUUACCUCAGAGAAAACCUCCGCCUUCUGGACAGCUGCUCAGCACGACUGGGCCUCCGCACAUCCAGUGGUGAAGCCAUCAGGCUUUGAUUCUUUCUGUAAGGUCAAGUGGUUCACUGAUGGAGCACAGUUCAACACCAACCAUGAGCUAUUGAUUUGGAUGUGGAGCUCCACAUUGUCCUCAAAGAACUGGAGCACUAAGUUUCCCUUUGCAGCAAUUCCGAUGCGGUACCUUCCAUCCAAAAUGCUUAGGACCAAAGCCAACAGGGCAGUGGUGCAGGCCAUCAGCUGGGAUUGUAAGAGCCUCCUGGAGGGGCGCUUUCCUCACACAGAUCAAUUUGGCAACGCUUUGACGGGCGACCGAGCUCUCAAGGCAGGGGACCUGAUCUGCGGCGGCUGGCGCGCUGCCUUUGAAUCUUGGACUGGGGAUUGGAAAGAGCGUAGCCUCUCGCACGAGUUCGUGAAAAGGAACUACCAAAGCAUGCGGAUCUGUGACCAGUGCGAGGCUAUCAAACCCUUCGCCAAGACCCCUGCAGCAUUGCUGCCCUUGGUGUUCUCCAACUUCAGUUUGGACGCCCCGUGGACCAAGACAAUCCGAAACCAUGCAACGUACUUGCAAGAAACGCCGCCCUCCAACUUAACUCCUUGGCUCGAAGUACCCGGCUUCGACAUUGCCAGGGUCAGGUGGGAUUCUGCUCACACAAUUUUGUUGGGGGCAGGAAAGGACCUGGCUGCAGCUUUCCUUGUUGACCUCGCUUUGCGGCAGCAUUAG